CUCCCACUGCCACACACACACACACACACACACACACAUGCUCGCACCUCAGACGCAGCAUUUGCGGGAGACGGGAGCCAGGGCUGGACUGGAUCAGCUCUGCAGACCGUUACCACUGUGGGAGAGAGGAGAGUGCCGCUGCUGCCGGUACUGCUGACAGCCAAACCCGCCACCACCGCUGCCUCUCCGCUUUGCCGGGACUUCCAUCUCGCCUCUGCCCUUGGCGGAAAGUCACCUGCUGGGAUUGUCUUCGUUAAGCCCGUAGUGUUUUUUUUUUUUAUUUCGUGCGCUGAGCCGCGUGGCUCUGGGGGGUUCUGCUGAAACAUGGCUCACGCCGCAGCGAGCAUUAAGAAAGCCCGGGGGGAGAUGGAGCAGCCGGCCGAUCUCAAGGCGCUAGAGAAAGCCCGGGAGAGGAGGAGGAGGUCCCGCGAGAGAGCGGAGCGCAGACGCAAGUCUGACAGCAACACCAGCUUCCUGCGUGCAGCGAGGGCAGGAAACAUCGACAAGGUGUUGGAGUACCUGAAGGGGGGCGUGGACAUCAGCACCUGUAACCAGAAUGGGCUCAAUGCAUUACACCUGGCAGCCAAGGAGGGGCAUGUGGACCUGGUCCAGGAGCUGCUGGACAGGGGCGCUGCAGUGGACUCAUCCACUAAGAAAGGAAACACCGCCCUCCACAUCUCCUCCUUAGCAGGACAAGGAGAAGUUGUCAAAAUCCUGGUGAAAAGGGGAGCAGAUAUUAAUGCGCAAUCCCAGAAUGGCUUCACUCCACUGUACAUGGCAGCCCAGGAGAACCACCUGGAUGUGGUGCGUUAUCUGCUGGAGAAUGGGGGAAACCAGAGCACAGCCACAGAGGACGGGUUCACCCCUCUGGCCAUCGCUCUGCAGCAGGGGCAUAACCAGGUGGUGUCCAUCCUGCUGGAGAACGACACCAAGGGCAAGGUGAGGCUGCCCGCCCUGCACAUCGCCGCCCGCAAGGACGACACCAAGUCCGCCGCUCUGCUGCUGCAGAACGACCACAACGCAGACGUCCAGUCCAAGAUGAUGGUCAAUAGGACUACUGAGAAUGGAAAGAGCGGAUUCACCCCGUUACACAUCGCCGCCCACUAUGGCAACGUCAACGUGGCCACGCUGCUGCUGAACCGAGGAGCGGCCGUGGACUUCACAGCCAGGAAUGGGAUCACUCCGCUGCAUGUGGCCUCCAAGCGUGGAAACACCAACAUGGUGCGGCUCCUUCUGGACCGAGGGGCACAGAUUGAUGCCAAAACUCGAGAUGGCCUGACACCCCUACACUGUGCAGCAAGGAGUGGACAUGACCCAGCAGUGGAGCUUCUGUUAGAGAGGGGGGCACCCAUGCUGGCCAGGACUAAGAACGGGCUCUCCCCGCUGCAUAUGGCUGCCCAGGGUGACCACGUCGAGUGCGUGAAGCACCUGCUGCAGCACAAGGCGCCGGUUGAUGAUGUCACCCUGGACUACCUGACCGCCCUCCACGUGGCAGCCCACUGCGGCCACUACAGGGUCACCAAGUUGCUCCUGGACAAGAGAGCCAACCCCAACGCCCGGGCUCUGAACGGUUUCACCCCUCUGCACAUCGCCUGCAAGAAGAACCGGGUGAAGGUCAUGGAGCUGCUGGUCAAAUAUGGAGCCUCCAUCCAGGCCAUCACAGAGUCUGGUCUUACCCCCAUCCAUGUGGCAGCCUUCAUGGGUCACCUCAACAUCGUUCUGCUACUGCUGCAGAACGGGGCCUCGCCCGACGUCAGCAACAUCCGUGGGGAGACAGCUCUUCACAUGGCGGCUCGGGCAGGACAGGUGGAAGUGGUGCGAUGUCUCCUGAGAAAUGGAGCUCUGGUGGACGCGAGAGCCAGGGAGGAUCAGACCCCCCUGCACAUCGCCUCCCGCCUGGGGAAGACGGAGAUCGUGCAGCUCCUGCUCCAGCACAUGGCCCACCCUGACGCCGCCACCACCAACGGCUACACACCCCUGCACAUCUCCGCCCGAGAGGGCCAGGUGGACGUGGCCUCCGUGCUGCUGGAGGCGGGGGCCUCACACUCCCUCGCCACUAAGAAAGGAUUUACUCCUCUACAUGUAGCUGCCAAGUACGGAAGCCUGGAUGUGGCAAAACUCCUCCUGCAGCGGCGGGCACCUCCCGACUCUGCCGGCAAGAACGGCCUCACCCCUCUUCAUGUCGCCGCUCAUUACGAUAACCAGAAGGUGGCGCUCCUGCUUUUGGACAAAGGGGCCUCCCCCCACGGCACAGCCAAGAACGGUUACACCCCUCUCCACAUCGCUGCCAAAAAGAACCAGAUGGACAUCGCCACCACCCUGCUCCAGUACGGCGCCGAGACCAACAUCCUGACCAGGCAAGGGGUCACCCCCCUGCACCUGGCCUCCCAGGAGGGCCACAGCGACAUGGUGGGCCUGCUGCUGCAGAAGGGGGCUCAUGUCAACGUGCCCACCAAGAGUGGGCUGACUUCACUCCACCUCGCGGCGCAGGAAGACAAGGUCAAUGUUGCUGAGAUACUGGCCAAACACGGCGCCAACCUCGACCAGCAGACAAAGCUGGGCUACACUCCCUUGAUUGUAGCGUGUCACUAUGGAAACGUGAAGAUGGUGAACUUCCUGUUGCGGAAUGGGGCUAGCGUCAAUGCGAAAACCAAGAAUGGCUACACGCCCCUCCACCAGGCAGCCCAGCAGGGGAAUACCCACAUCAUCAAUGUCCUACUGCAGCACGGAGCCAAACCCAACGCCAUCACUGUGAAUGGAAACACGGCGCUGGCCAUUGCCCGGAGGCUAGGCUAUAUCUCUGUGGUGGACACGCUGAAAGUCGUCACAGAAGAGAUCAUCACCACGACAACCACGGUAACAGAGAAACACAAGCUCAAUGUGCCGGAGACAAUGACCGAAGUUCUGGAUGUGUCAGACGAGGAAGCUCUCAGACAGACUGAUGAUGAAUUGCUCACUGACGAUUCCAUUGAGCUGGAAGGAAGCCAAUAUCUUCUUGAUUCCCGAACUCCACUGUCUAACUACAGUGAUGACACCAUGACGGGAGACGGGGGUGAGUACCUGAGGCCGGAGGACCUGAGGGAGCUGGGAGAUGACUCCCUGCCUGGGCAGUACCUCGACGGAAUGAACUACCUGCGUUUCAGCCUGGAAGGGGGCAGAUCUGACAGUCGCAUACACAGUUCUGACAGGUCCCACACGCCGACUCAUCGUGGGUACUACUCCCCGAAGGAGGGCGGAAUGAUGGAGGACAUGAUAACCAGCCACCAGGUGUCAGCUCUUUCCAGGGAAAAUGAGAGGGAUUCUUACCGUCUGAGCUGGGGCACCGAAAAUCUGGACAACGUGGCCCUGUCCUCCAGCCCCAUCCACUCUGGCCGUUCCUCUCCGUGCCAUGAUCAUGACAACAGCAGCUUCCUGGUCAGCUUCAUGGUGGACGCGAGAGGCGGGGCCAUGCGGGGGUGUCGCCACAACGGUCUGCGCAUCAUCAUCCCCCCACGCAAGUGUAGCGCCCCCACCCGCGUCACCUGCCGCCUGGUCAAGCGCCACCGCCUGGCCACCAUGCCCCCCAUGGUGGAGGGGGAGGGGCUGGCCAGCAGGCUCAUCGAGGUGGGGCCUUCAGGAGCGCAGUUCCUCGGUAAACUGCACCUCCCCACUGCUCCUCCCCCUCUUAAUGAGGGCGAAAGUUUGGUUAGCCGAAUCCUUCAGCUGGGGCCUCCUGGAACAAAAUUCCUUGGGCCGGUCAUCGUGGAGAUCCCUCACUUCGCGGCGCUGCGGGGAAAGGAGCGUGAGCUGGUGAUUCUGCGCAGCGAGACGGGGGAAAGCUGGAAGGAGCACCACUGUGAGCACACCGAGGAGGAGCUCAACGAGAUUCUCAACGGCAUGGAUGAGGAACUGGACCCUCCGGAGGAACUAGAGAAGAAGCGUAUCUGCCGCAUCAUCACCCGAGACUUCCCACAGUACUUUGCGGUGGUGUCCCGAAUCAAGCAGGACAGCAACCUGAUCGGGCCAGAGGGCGGGGUGCUGAGCAGCACCGUGGUCCCUCAGGUCCAGGCAGUCUUCCCAGAGGGUGCGCUCACCAAGAGGAUCCGGGUCGGCCUGCAGGCCCAGCCAAUGAACGUUGACCUUGUGAGGAAGAUCCUGGGGAACAAGGCCACGUUUAGCCCCAUUGUCACCUUGGAGCCCAGGAGAAGGAAGUUCCACAAACCCAUCACCAUGACCAUUCCCAUCCCCAAGAGCUCUGCGGACGCGGCGGUGAACGGCUUCGGCGGGGACACGCCCACCCUGCGCUUACUGUGUAGCAUAACGGGAGGAACUACACCAGCUCAGUGGGAGGACAUUACAGGAACCACGCCCCUUACAUUCAUCAAUGAGUGUGUGUCCUUUACCACAAACGUGUCAGCAAGGUUCUGGCUCAUAGACUGUCGGCAGAUCCAGGAGUCUGUCACCUUCGCCACCCAAGUGUACCGGGAGAUCAUCUGUGUCCCCUACAUGGCCAAAUUUGUCAUAUUUGCCAAAACGCACGACCCCAUCGAGGCGCGGCUUCGCUGCUUCUGUAUGACGGACGAUAAGAUCGACAAGACCCUUGAACAGCAGGAGAACUUCACCGAGGUGGCCCGCAGCCGGGACGUAGAGGUCCUGGAAGGGAAGCCCAUCUAUGCAGACUGUUUUGGAAAUCUGGUGCCACUUACGAAGAGUGGCCAGCAUCAUCUCUUCAGUUUCUUUGCUUUCAAGGAGAACAGACUUGCUCUCUUCAUUAAAGUUCGAGACAACACCCAGGAGCCUUGUGGCCGCUUGUCUUUCAUGAAGGAGCCCAGGUCCUACCGAAGCCUGGCCCAAAACGCCAUUUGCAACCUGAACAUCACGCUACCUGCAUACUCAAAGGAGUCCGAUUCAGACCAAGAACCUGAUGAAGAGACCAGCAGGACACAUGAAAAAUAUGACGAGGAAACCGAAUCCACAGAAACAUCCGCCCUGAAAACACACUUGGUUCGAGACUCGCCCGCCCUUGCUAGCCCGGACUUACUCUCGGAGGUGUCCGAGAUGAAACAGGACCUGAUCAAAAUGACAGCUAUACUGACUACUGACUCCACAGAAAAAUCUAGCUCCAUUGAUGGGGGCAGACUUGAGAAGGGGGUAGAGGAGGAGCCAGGAGAACCUUUUGAAAUAGUUGAGAAGGUCAAAGAGGAUUUGGAGAAAGUCAGUGAAAUACUGAGAAGUGGAACAUACACGGAACCAGCAAUCGCAGAGUCAAAGGCGACAGGGGCAGCAGUGAGUCAGGCUUCGAGAAAGGAUGAAGAAUGGGUCCUCCUUAGUGACUGUGAGAUUGAAGAGGCUAAACUCAUGGCUUCCCUUGAGGUUCAGGAACCACUGCUGCAGGAAGUCAGAAUCGAUAGAGGAACUGCCCGACCGAAGACGGCGAAGGACAUGUCUGGCAUGGUCACAUACCUGAGUGGUGAGCUCAGGGAGUACCUCCUGGACACGCCUGAGGCAGCUGCUCAUUCACAAGAAGACGUGGUCCAGGAGAGGUUCACUGAGGUCAUUGUGAGCAAGGAUGGGAAGAAAGAAGUCUCUAAACAAGAAGACGCUAAACCAUCUCCGGGUGAAAUCAAAAAGCCGGCCAGGAAGAAGCUGCAGGACAGGAAGCAGACGGACGAGUCACACGCCCCUGGCUCUGAAGCAGAAAUGCUCAGGGAGAGUUCAGAGGAGUCUCUCGAUGGAGACGCUCUCCUGAGUGCUCCUGCUGCUCCAGCUCAGGCGCCCGUGUCACCAGUGGUGGAAGAGACCCCCAUUGGAUCCAUUAAAGACAAAGUAAAAGCCCUUCAAAAGAAAGUUGAGGAGGAAGAAAAGGGACGAAAGAGAACGAGCAGCAAACCCUCCCCUGUGAGGAUUGAGAGCAAAGCAUCUCAAUCGGUCAAAGAAAGUGUUAAAACGCAGGCGGCCCCACCUAAAUCACCUAAAUCGCCUAAAUCUGAAUCUGAGAGGCUGGAAGAGACCAUGUCUGUUCGAGAGCUAAUGAGAGCCUUUCAGACAGGGCAGGACCCAUCGAAGAGAAAGUCUGGCCUUUUUGAGCAUAAGGCCACACCCUCUAAGUCGGCACAGCCCAGUGUUACGCGUGUGACAGAAUCCCAUUCCGCCCAGUCCAAAACGACCGCGCGCACCACGGCAGCUCGAUACUCUCAGGGACAGGAAGUAGCCGUGGACACCACAAAGCAGGACGAGCCACUCAAAGAGAGAGACUUACAGAUCAGUCCAGACAGGAAGCACUCCAAGGACUUUAGUGCAGACAUCAAAGCCGAGCUGGAAGACAAUGCUGAAUACCAACAGUUUAAGAAGGUGUCUGAAGGAGGCGAGGAAGAUCAUACUGCAGUGGCUGCAGACACGGGCUCCGCUGCCCAGCCUGACCUGACUAUUGUGUUUCCACCUGAACGAGCCAAAGAAGAGGGAUUUCUCCCAGACAGCACUAUACAGAAUGGUCAGCUUGAGGACAGCUCUGACAGCCUCAAGCACGAGGGUGUGGCUGACUCUCCCAGCGUCAGCCUAGGUGAUGGCACUCCUCAGAUGAGCUCUGAGGAGAGCUACAAGCAUGAGGGCCUGGCCGAGACCCCAGAAACCAGCCCCGACAGCCUGUCCUUUUCACCUAAGAAAGCCGACCAGCCCAUUCUUGAGAGGGCAGCGAAAAAUGCGGCUGCUCUGCAUGGCAAAGCCGAGGAGAAAGCGGAGAUACUCGUGACCCAAAAAAGCGCGAGUGAGGUGAAAGGGGACACCUCCAAAGACAAAUCCGAAAGCUUAGCUGCAGAAUCCACCACCGGAGACUCCGGGGUUGUAACAUUUGAUGACCAGCAGUCGACAGAAAUGACCCUCCCCACAGAAGAGGCGGACGAUCAGACAACAAGUGUGCAUGAGAGCCCUUUUGUGACUGAAGAAGUCCACCAAGCACCUACCAGCAGCACAGCGCGGGGAAAAGAAGCCACGGGGGGACCUCACUCUGUCUCAGAACACGUCUCCACUGACUGUCUAGUUUCAGACGUUCAGCUACACCUAAAAAAAGACAAAUCAGUUACCGAAAGGGCGUCUGCAGCCGACUGUGUAGAACAGUCGCACGCGCCGCCGUCUGUCGAAAUCCGUGUGGAGAAAAAAGAAUUGCAUUUGCAAUCAGCCAUUGUGUCCUCCUCCCGCACUGAUGGGGCUGCAAACAUUACUGACGAGCAGAAAGAGGAGUGCCUGAAAAAGCUGAGGGGAGUCAAAGAGGAUUCUGGGGGAGGAAAAGAGAGUGAGGCAGACAGUCCACAGAGUCGUCCUGCAGUAGACAGCAAGGCUGAAGGCAACGUCACUGACGAGGUAAAAGGCGAUCAUUUAAGACAUGCUAGGCCAUCUGAGGUAGGUACAGGUAAAGAUUCCUAUAGAGGCGAUUCUUUUUCUGCCCUUACAAGCGUGGGUCAAGAACAGGAGGUGUUCAAACCCGAAAUCUGUAUAUACGAUGACACGGAAGAAGACGAAGAGGAAGACGAUGCCAAGGUGUCAGCCCCUAAAACGGAGUCGAAGGGGGUCACAGCAAGAGUGGAGAGAGACCCUGACCCCUGGAGCUCCAUAAGGGAAGACGACGAUGCCUUUGCAGCGCGCGUGAAGGAAGAGGAGCAGAAGAUUCUGGGUUUAAUGGUGGACCGGCAGUCCCAGGGGGCGACCCCGGACACGACCCCGGGGAGAACACCUACAGAAGAGGGAACGCCGACCAGUGAACCCAACCCUUUCUUAUUCCAGGAAGGGAAGCUGUUUGAGAUGACGCGAAGCGGCGCCAUUGACAUGACGAAGAGGAGCUACGAAGAGGAAGGCUUCGCUUUUUUCCAGAUAGGCGAGCAGCCCAUAGAGGAGGCCUUGGAAGAAGGUAGAGAAGAUGCCAUCUACGCCGAGGCCUCUGAAGCAGAAGGAAUUGUCAACCUUUCCCUGGAAAUCAGGGCUGACGAAGAUGAUAAAGAGGAAAAAGAUGUGGCUGAUUCCACAAGCCACGAGGCAGCCGUGACUGAAGAAGAUCAGACAGCGAGUGGGCCUGCCUCAGCCACAAAGUCAGACGCAAAGUCUCGAAUCCCAAUCAAAAUGGGGAUUUCUGCUUCGGCUAAGUCCACAAAGAAAGACCCCCAGGUCGUGGAAGCAGAAGAGAGCCCUACUGAGGCUGAGCCCUGUACCACAGACCCAGUGGUAACUUGCACAGAAACAGCCUUCUCGACUGUCACCAGGUCUGUAUCCCGAGAGCAGGAGGCAGAGUCAUCUGACUCCUCUCCAGAGGAUCAGCAUUCAGUUAUUGAGCUCCCUAAGGAGACAACAGUGCCUCCUAGGGGUGAGAAGGUGUCAGAAAUCCCAGCCAAGGCCACCUCCCCAGCCUCCUCAUCAGCCACUCUUCAGAAGGCUGCCCCCUCAGUGCAGGAGGAAACGAAGCCCAAAUCGAGAAUACCGGUCAAAGCCAGCUCGCUUCGGCCUGAGCCCGGCACCGACCCAUCAGUCAGGCGUGCAGAAUCUCUCAAGGACAAAAAGUGUAAGAUACCCAUAAAAAUGGAUCCGAGGAGCAAGUCUGAGACAGAUGCAGGUCCCUCCGGGGAUGCCAAAUCCAAAAGGUCUUCCGUGGCCAAGAGCUAUUGCGAGGGAGAGUCUCCGAAAACGAACAUUCGCUCAGAGAGCGACGAUUCUUCCACCAAGCCCAAGACAUUCCACUCCAGGCUUCCUGUAAUGAGUAAACCUGGACAGAAAUUCCACACUUCCACUCCAGCCAAAGAGAACAAAGAGCAGUUCUUUGAGUCAUACAAGCAUUCCAUUGAGUUUUUUGAGGAAAUAAGUGAUGAGGCAGCAAAGCUAGUGGAAAGGCUGGCACAGGCAGAGAACGAGCAAGAGGCCACCGUUUCUGACGAUGAGAGCAGUACCUUAGACGCCUCGGUCAUAGAGAGUGAGACUUUUCCCGAAAUGCAGUUUCCUCUUCCCGAAGACGUCUUUGACAUGAGACCCCUCUGGGACGAUUCUGUGGAGACACAGAUGCAACGAAUUCCCAGUGAAAAUGCCAGAGGCCAAAGUCAAGUAGAUCCACAGGAUGAAGUGGAGUGGAGAGAGGAGAGGUUGGCUAUCAUUGCUGACCACCUAGGCUUCAGCUGGAUGGAGCUGGCACAGGAACUGGAGUUUAGCGAAGACCAGAUUGAUCAGAUAAGAACAGAGAACCCCAAUUCCCUGCAGGACCAAAGCCACGCCCUAUUGAAGUACUGGAUGGAGAGAGAGGGGAAGCAUGCCACAGAGAGUACUCUGAUAAAGAGACUCACAAAGAUAAACCGCAUGGAUAUUGUGCACCUCAUCAAGUCCAGUCAAGAGCAGUCCUCAGGGACCUAUGCAGAAAUUGAGAAGACCAUAGCACUGGAUCAUAGUGAAGGUUUCUCUGCGCUUCACGAGGACAUCGACAGUCCCAGGCCAGCGCGGCGUGCAGACACCUCCCCCAGACAGCCUGGGUCUGGGCCCCCCGUGGUGUCACAGGAAGACCUCUCUGCCAGUAUCUCGUCCCUCCCCGAGACCACUCCCCGGGGAGACACCGACGUCUCUGUGACAGGCCUGCUGAGACACACGCAGAAGGAGAAACUGCAAGCUGACCUACAGGCACAUGUUACCAGUGGCACAACCAAGCUUGAUUCUGAGAUGGGAAAAGCAGAGAAGAAGCACGUUGGUUCUAUCAAACAAGUAAGUCCUUUCUUCACAGUGUACAGAACUGUGCCCUGGAACCUCCAGCCGCAGGCAUAUGACCCAGUGUACAAAGAAAAAAGCACCUCCAAAGAGCCAUCAGGGGGCACCCUUGUGCCCUCACACCCUGGUUCUGUCGAGCCCACUCAAGCUGUUGGGCAAGAUAGCAGUGAGCAAAGCGUAGUAUUGCCUGGGCUCUCCCAAGCCACACCCAGUGAUGAUGAUAGGUUGUCAUCUGACAUUCACAAGGAUGAACCCAUAUCUAUCAGGGACUUUGGGGACACCUUGCUGGAGUCUGACCGAGCCGAGCCAGACUUCAGAGAGUUAUCGGUGGAGUUGAAACAAAGCCCUCAAGACCAUACUUACGUCUCGACCGCGUCGUUCAACAUUACCCCCAAAUCUAGGCAGCGGUUGUCUGAAAAGGUGAGCCUCGUGGCUGACAAAGGCCUCACACUGGCUAAGUCAGCUGAGGUUGCUGAGGCUGCAGCCAAAUCUAGCCCUCCGAGCCAAAGGCAGGCGUUCACACAGCAGCACAUUGACGAGAUAUCAGAGAAAUUCUACAGAACCCUUUUUGGGCACGAAGUGGUGUUACUCGAGUCCACCACUGAGGAUGCUGGUCCAAAAUUGCCUUCUUCCAAACAGGAAUGCAAAGAACCUGAAAGCCACUACAGACAGACACCCCCUGAACUGGGUGAUGUACAAGGAAAGUUUACAGCCACUGCUGUCCUCACAGAUGACUCACCUUCCUCCAUACCUAUAAUUGAUGUAGAUGAAGCGACUUUGCGUCUAGCUCAGGCCACACCUGAACUCCAGGUGAAACCUGCCAGCUUCAGCCAAGAUGCUUAUGGCUUGCCUGCAUUGGCUCAUAGGCCUACCUCACCUGAGUUGAAUCAGAGUUCCCUCAGAGUUGGAACACCACCUUUGUUGGGUGAGACAUUGUCUGACACUCCCCAAGCUUCUGUGGCAUUUGAAGGUAAAGGGAAAAUGGAAACACUCUCUAACCCUGAAUUUGUUCAGAUAACAUAUGACACAAGUACAGAAUGCCCAAGUUCUCCUGCAGCCCCUCUUCUCAUUGAACAUAGAGCCCAACCACAAAAAUUUACCACACCAGUGACAGAGCACAGUGGUGAAUUAUUCAUGCCAGUAACUAGGUACAGACCACCCUCACCUCUGUAUCAAGAAACCGAUCGUGAAGGUCUGCCAGAUUCAGCUGCAUCUCUAUCGGAGUAUAGAACAUCUACACCUGAAUCCAUUACUGUAGGAACUCAGUUUAGGUCACUGUCACCUGACUCAGACUCUGAAUGUAUACCUGAACUAACAAUGCUAAUAACUGAAUGUAGACUGCCAUCACCUGAAUCAGUAAUAUCAGUGAAUGACUACCGUUCAUUAUCACCUGACUCACCAAUACCUGAAUAUAGGCCUUCAACACCUGACUCGUCAGUGAUAUGGACUGAAUACAGACCUUCAUCACCUGAAUCAGUAGAAUCGGUGACAGAAGAUAGGCGACUCUCACCUGACUCACCUAUACCUGAAUAUAGGCCCCCAUCCCCUGUACCACCAGUAAUUGAAUAUAAAAUACCACAAAUAACCACAUAUGUCACAAGAGUCUUACCAGAUUCAGGGGUACCAGGAAUUGAAUAUAGACCAACUUCACCUGAAUCAAUGAUGUCUGAGGCUGAGUGCAGGGUAUUAACCCCUGAAUCAAUUACAUUUGACACAGAAUACAUAGAUAGACCUGUAUCCCCAGAAUCAAUUGAUGAAUACAAACCUAUAACACCUGAAUCUGAAUACAGAGCAAUAACCCCAGAAUCAGUGAUGUUUGACACAGACUAUACAUGUAGACCCAUAUCUCCUGAGUCAUUUAUUGAAUAUAGAGAGAUUCCAUCUGAAUCAGUCACAUUAGAAGAUGAAGAUAGGUCUCUGUCACCUGACCCAAUGAGGUCAGAAACUGAAGACAGACCACUGUCACCUGAAUCACUCGCUGAAAAUAGAUCAGUAUCACCUGAUUUAGCAAUGCUAAUGACUGAUUUUAGACCAACAUCACCUGAAUCAGUAAAAUCGCUUGAUGAAUACAGAUCAUUAUCACCUGAUUCACCAAUACCUGAAUGUUGGCCUCCUUUAUUGCAGUCAACAGUACUAUGGGCUGAACACAGACCUUCAUCACCUGAAUCAGUGGAAUUGCUGACAGAAGAUAGGCGACUCUCACCUGACUCACCUAUACCUGAAUAUAGGCCCCCAUCUCCUGUACCACCAGUAAUUGAUUAUAAAAUACCACAAAUAACCACAUAUGUCACAAGAGUCUUACCAGAUUCAGGGGUUUCAGGAAUUGAAUACAGACCAGCAUCACCUGAAUCAGUGAUGUCUGAAGCUGAGUGCAGGGCAUUAACCCCUGAAUCAAUUACAUUUGACACAGAAUACAUAGGUAGACCAGUAUCCCCAGAAUCCAUUGAUGAAUACAAACCUAUAACACCUGAAUCAGUAACAUAUGAAAAUGAAAAAAGACCACUAUCACCUGAAUCAGAAGUAUCAGAACAUGAAGAUAGACCACUAUCACCUGAAUCUAUACCUGAAUAUAGACCACUGUCACCUGAAUCAGCAAUGCUAAUGAAUGAUCUUAGACCAUCAUCCCCUGAGUCAGUAUCAUCAUUGCAUCAGUACAGGUCACUGUCUCCUGACUCACCAAUACCUCAAUUUAGGCUGGCAUUCUCUGAGUUUGUAACACCAGUAGGAGAAUACAGGUCAUCCUCUCCUGAAUCAAUAACAUCAGACAUUGAAUAUGAAUUACAAUAUACUGAAUUUAUAACCUCUGAAGGUAGACCAUCAUCACCUGAAUCUGCAGGAUCAGUAAAUGAAUACAGAACACUAUCACCUGAUUCCCCAGUUCCAGAAUACAGACCAUCACUUCCUGAAUCUACAGCGUCAGGAUAUAGAUCAUCAUCACCUGAAUCAGUAAUAUCAGACAUAGAGUAUACGCCAUUAUCUCUCAAGUCAUUAGCCACUGAAUAUAGACCGCCAUCCCCUGAAUCAGUAAUAUCUGAAACUGAUUUUGAAGAAAUGCCACCUGAAACUGUGCUCGCUGAAUAUACUUAUUCUGAAUGUAGACCAAUAAGCCCUGAAUCUGUGAUGUUAGUAAGUGAACUCAGAUCCUCAUCACCUGAAGCAUUUGCAUCUGUUACUGAAAACAUCAUGGCACCCUCUGAAUUAGCUACACCAGCACAAGAAGAUAAACUGUUAAUACCUGCAGCAGUGAUACAUGAAUAUAGGCCACCAGCACUUGAAUUACCAACAUUAGUGCCAGAGGUUAGACAGCUAACACAUGAACUGACUACAUCAGAGCCUGAAUAUAGAUCAUCAGAUAAAUCAUCUGAAUCAACAUUACCUGAAACUGUUCUCGCUGAAUGUAGGCCGCCAUCAUCAGAAGGAUUAAUUACACCAGGAACGGAGUGUAAACCAAAACCACUUGAAUGCGCAGAGUUAGUGAGUGACCAUAGACCGCCAUCACCCAAACCAGUUCCAUGUGUGCGUGAAGAUAGCAAAUCAGGUGCUGAAUUACAAAGACCACCACUCAAAUACAGCAAGAUAGAAUCUGAAUCAACCACACCAAUACAAGAAUACAAAGUAUUAAAACCAGAAACACCUACAUCAGUACCUGAAUAUAGUCCAUUAACCUCUGAAUUAACUACAUCACCCCCUGACUACAGGCUAGUAGACACAGCCUUGCCCCACAAGCUCAUUUCCAAGCUAUAUGACCCACUUUAUCAAGGAUUCUUCUGGAAUAAGCAAGUUGUCCACAUUCCAUUGAAACUGAAGGAAUUUGCUGAUAAUACUACACAAGACAGUGUUGAUGAGAGCUUAAUAUCACCUGAGCUCUUCAGAACAACACCUGGUAUUGAGAUGGUGUUACUUAGACCUACUGAAAUCCAACCAGACAGCAGUGAGCAUGGACAGAUAUCUCCUGAAUAUAGACCCCUUUCUCCAGAAUCAGUGACCUCAGAAGCUGAAUAUAGACCCCUGUCCCCUCAGUCAGCAAUGUUAAUGACUGAUUUUAGACCAUCAUCACCUGAAUCAGUGGCAUCAGUACAAGUAUACAGGUCAUUGUCACCUGACUCACCAAUACCUGAAUAUAGGCCUUCAACACCCGAAUCAUCAAUGUUGUGGACUGAAUAUAGAGCUUCAUCACCUGAAUCAAUGCCUUCGGUUAAUGAACAUAGACCACUCUCACCUGACUCACCUUUGCCUCAGUAUAGGCCCCCAUCACCUGUGCCACCAGUAAUUGAGUAUAAAAUGGCAGAAUUUAACACACAAGUCAGCAAAUAUAGAGCCUUACCAGAUUCUGCUGUAUUAGGAACUGAAUAUAGAGCAGUGUCACCUGAAUCAGUGACAUUUGAAAGUGAAUGCAGACCAGUAACCCCUGAAUCAACAUGUUCAGGAGCUGAUUACAGAACUAUAUCACCUGAAUCUUUUAAACAAUAUAGAUCUAUAUCACCUGAAUCGGUAGAAUUUGAUUUUGGUGCUAGACCUUCAUCACCUGAAUCAGUACUGUCAGAAACUGGAGAUAGACCACUGUCACCUGAAUCAUUGACAGAGUAUAGACCUCUAUCACCUGGGUCAGCAAUGUUAAUGGCUUAUAAAAGGCCAUCAUCACCUGAAUCAGAAACAUCAAUGGAUGAAUACAGGUCAUUAUCACCUGACUCUCCAAUACCUGAGUAUUCAGAUCCAGUCCAACGCAUCAGUGAUUCUUCUUUACCUGAAUCAUCAAUGCUUUGCACUGAAUAUAGAGCUUCAUCACCUGAAUCAACAGUAUCAGUAACAGAACACAGAAGGCUCUCACCUGAUUCACCUAUACCUGAAUAUAGGCCUCCAUCACCAGUACCACCAGUAAUAGAAUAUGAAACACCAGAAAUAACUACAUAUGUUGUCCAGCAUAGAGGCUCACCAGAUUCAACAGAAUAUAGACCAUUAUCACCUGUAUCAUUUACAUCAGAUACUGAAUACAGAUCAAUAACCCCUGAAUCAAUGACAUUUGAUACAGAAUACAUAGGUAGAUCAAUAUCUCCAGAAUCAAUUACCAAAGACAGACUAAUAUCACCUGAACCUGUAAUAUCAGAAAUUGAAGACAGACCGUUAUCACCUGAAUCAGUAGAAUCAGAAAUUGAAGAGAGACCACUAUCACCUGACUCUAUACCUGAAUAUAAACCAUUGUCACCAGCAUCAGCAAUGCUAAUGAAUGAUCUUAGGCCAUCCUCCCCCGAGUCAUUACCAUCAGCGAAUGAAUUCAGGUCCCUGUCACCUGACUCACCAAUACCUCAGUUUAGGCAGUCAUUCCAUGAGUUUAUAACACUACUAUCAGGGCAUAGGUCAUUUUCGCCUCCUGAAUCAGUAACAUCAGACACUGAAUAUGAAUCACUAGAUGAUGAAUUGAUUGUACUCACUGGACAUAGACCAUCAUCACCUGAAUCUGCAGGAUCAGUAAAUGAAUAUAGACCACUAUCACCUGAUUCACCAGUUCCAGAAUACAGACAAUUACUUCCUGAAUCUACAGUGUCAGGAUAUAGAUCAUCAUCACCUGAAUCAGUGAUGUCAGACAUGGAGUAUACACCAUUAUCCCUUGACUCAUUAGCUGCUGAAUAUAGACCACCAUCCCCUGAAUCAGUAACAUCUGAAACUGUAUUUGAACAAAUAUCACCUGAAACUGUGCUCACUGAAUAUACACAACCAUCAGCAGAAUCAAGCAGACCAGUUUCUGAAGGUAGACCAACAAGAACUGAAUCUUUAAUGUUAGUAAGUAAACUCGAACCCUCAUCAUUUGAAGUAGCUCCAUCUGUAUCAGACAGUCAACUGUUAAUGCUUGGAUGGGAUACAAAAGUACCAGAAUAUAGUCCAAUGGCACUUGAAUUAGAACACUUAGAUAGACCACUAUCACCUGAAUCUAUACCUGAAUAUAGACCACUGUCACCUGAAUCAGCAAUGCUAAUGAAUGAUCUUCGACCAUCAUCCCCUGAGUCAGUAUCAUCAGUGAAUGAAUGCAAGUCACCUGACUCACCAAUACCUCAAUUUAGGCUGGCAUUCCAUGAGUUUAUAACACCAAUAACAGGAUACAGGUCACCUUCUCUUGAAUCAAUAAUAUCAGACAUUGAAUAUGAAUCACAAUAUACUGAAUUUAUAACCUCUGAAAGUAGACGAUCAUCACCUGAAUCUGCAGGAUCAGUAAAUGAAUAUAGACCACUAUCACCUGAUUCCCCAGUUCCAGAAUACAGACCAUCACUUCCUGAAUCUACCAUGUCAGGAUAUAGAUCAUCAUCACCUGAAUCAGUGAUGUCAGACGUAGACUAUACACCAUUAUCUCUUGAGUCAAUGAAUGAUCUUAGACUGUCAUCCCCCGAGUCAGUAUCAUCAGUGAAUGAAUACAGGUCUCUGUCUCCUGACUCACCAGUACCACAGUUUAGACAGUCAUUCCCUGAGUUUAUAACACCAAUAACAGGAUUUAGGUCAUCUUCACCACAAUCAGUAACAUCAGAUGCUGAAUAUGAGUCACUAUAUUCUGAAUCUUCAGUGAUUGAAUGUAGAGCAUCGUCACCAGAAUCAGCAAAAUCAGUAAAUGAAUACAGACCCCUGUCACCAGAUUCACCUGUACCUGAAUUUAGACCAUUGCUACCCCAAUCUACAGUGUAUAGGUCAGGAUAUAGGUCAUCUUCUCCUGAAUCAAUAACAUCUGACGUGGAGUAUACAUCAUUAUCUGUUGAAUCAUUAGCUGCUGAAUAUAGACCGAUGUCACCUGCAUCAGUAACUUCUGAAACUGAAUGUGAACCAGUGCCACCUAAAACAACCAUGCUUACUGAAUAUAGACAGCCAUCAAUAGCAUCAGUCAGACCAGAUUCUGAAUGUAGAUCAAUACUACUCGGAUCUGCAAUGUUAGUAAGUGAAUACAGACCUCCGUCACCUGAAACAGCACCAUCUGUCCCUGAAUAUAGCAAAUUAGUCUCUGAAUUAACAAUACCAUUACCUGAAAAUAGACCACAUGAAUCAGCUGGCUUUACACCUGAGUAUAGUCCAGCAACACCUGAUUUGGCUGCAUCUGUACUUGAAUACAGCCCAUUAACCUGUGAGUUGAAUACGUCAGGCUCUGAACACAGGCUAAUGAUUACAGACUUUCCACAGAAGCUCAUCUCCCAGGUGUAUGACCCACUGUACAAAGUUAAGCAUAGAAGGAGAAAACUGGGCUUCACACUGGUAUCCCUGAAACUGAAGGAAUCUGUUGAAGAUAGUAGGCAAGAUUGUGCCAUAGAGAGCUCAUCAUUGCCUAUGAUCUUUGAUGCCUCACCUGGUGAUGAGCUGGUACCAUCUGGACCCAAAAGAGCCCAGUCAGACAACAGUGAGCAUGAACCUAUAUCUCAUUUGUAUAGAUCACAAUCAGCAAUGUCAGAAACUGAAUAUACACCACUGCCAACUAAAUCAAUAAUGUUAAUGACAGAUAUUAGACCCUCAUCACCUGAAUCAGUUUCAACCAAAUUCCAUGAAACACUUGAUGAAUCCACACAAAUAACUGAUGGCAAUACUGCAACACCACAUUUACACAAAGGCAUUGUGAAAAGGUCUGAGACUGAACUAAUCACUGAAGUCAAAUUGGACUCACCACAGCUUGAGAAACCCGUUGAGCUUGAUUUGAGUCAGGAAUCACCUGAGUUUGAGACAAGACCCACUGAGCUCAGCAGGCCCUUAACUGAACAUGAACAUUCUAGAGGAGGCACACUCACAGUAGGUCUUGAAUCACCCAAAGGAGAGCAUUUAGCAUUACUGGAAUCAGAACAAAGAGGGUUGGAUUUGUGUCACAUGCUAUCUGAACGAAAUAGAGUGGUGUUUGACACCACCAUAUUGUCUGAGCAGCAGGAUGACCAAUCACCAAUAUCAGCAACCGAAUCACCCACUAGUGUGAUUUCAUCCUCACCUGCACUGAGCGAAUCUCUCUCGAAGCCAAGCCAACUUAUCUUUGGAUUCCUCGAGAGCGGUGACAAAUACGGCCUUGAUUCACUUGAGCCCACUUCCAAGGAUAGAUCAAAAUUAGCAGAAAUCCCGACAGCCGGCACUGCCUACAGGCAAGUGUGCAGACAAGAGGCUCACACCGAUGGACGGACAAGUGGACCAGGAAGCCCAGACCAAGGAAUCACAGAGUUCACCUGGAAUACUGCCAAGCUGAGUGAAGAGCGAGAAGGACCCUCAGGAAGGGAGGGUUGUGGAGCCACCCCUAUUAUGCUUGAGGAAGCGGUUCCAAGAGUACACGAAGAGGAGGUCCUGUGCUUCCACACUGGCAUUCUAUCAAGCCAAGAGGCCCCAGAGAGGGUUUGGCCAGAAUCAGCUACGGAAAAGCAUUUGGUAUCGUCAGACUCAAGGCAGUUAAUUGUUGAAUUGAGGGAAAUGUCAACUGGGUUUGAUGAAAACCAGAGCCAAGUGUCUCCUUCACCUUCUGUUUUAUUUGAACCUCCUCCACGGUCAGAGUAUGAAUCAGAGUCACCAUCAGAACUGGGUCAGACUGCCUCUGAUUUCAGGGAAAUACCCGCCGAAAUUAAUGUAACCACUUCAGAAUACACUCCAAUUUCUCCUGGAUUUAUUCUGUCACCUUCUGAGCUGAGUCCAGGGUCACCUGUAUCUGGCAAAUCUCCACUUGUGCCUAGUGAGGUCAUGCCUGAAUUUUUCAGAGUUGCCUCUGAACAGGUGGGAACUUGUGAUCUUUCUGGGCCAUGGUCUGAGUCGCGUGAAUCACGUCAAUCUGAGUCAAGUCCCCUGUCUCCUGAGAGUAUUAGACCUUUGCCUUUUGAAGCAAGUCCUGUAUCUCCUGAACAUACCAGAUCCGUCAGAACACCCUCUGAAUCAAGCUCUCCUGAACAUGUCAGAUUAUCUCGUGAGUCCUAUGCAAAAAUGCCUGCUCCUUUUCAAUUCAGUCUACCUGACUCGAUCUCUGUUGUAAACACUCAUAGAACAGUCACACCCAAUUUACCAGGACUUCUCCUUACCAGCAGCCCCACAGCAACUGUUUCUUACAGAGCACCUUCUGAAGAAAGCCAAAUUUCACUCAUUUCAGACAGAACAGAACUCCAGUCUCCUGAACCCCGUCAAGUUGUUCUGGGAACUACCACAGAAAUUCCAGUUACCAUUCAGGAUUUGGCAGAAACAGGGUCAGAAUUAACAGAGUCUGCUCCAUUAGGAGGAGUAUUAUCUGAUAUUAAUGAAUCAUCUAGUGUUUUACAUAAAUCUCACCUGGCAGAGUCAACAGACGUCGAUCAGUUACCUUUUGAAUCAAUCACACUACUCUCUCAGCCUAGCCAAGUGUCACAUGGAUUUACGACACCAAGAACUGAAAUGUCCUCUUCAUCCAGUCUACCACCAUAUGAGGCAGAUAAAUAUAUAUCUGCAGUCCACAGACUAACUGCUCAAAUUAGUCAAGAUUCUUCUGAAUCUACUGCUAAGGAUACAUCAGCACCACCAGAAACUCCUCCAACUUCUCCUUACUUCAGAUAUGACCUCCCAGAAUUCCAGAAGUCACUCUCUGAACUAUGUAGAGAAAAGAAAACUGAUUCAAGUGAUGUGACACCUGAAAGUCAACAGUCAGUUGCUGCAGUCAGGACUGACUCGGAGCUGGGUCAAACUGUUCAAAGACCCUGUACAGCAUCCUCUGAGUCUAGCACACUACUCUCACCUGAAGUGCAAAGAAGUCACCUAGACAGGGCUCAAAUUUUUGCUGAAUCAAGCACUCCUCAGAUUAAACCUAAAUUGGCAGUUUGUGACACUCAAGCCCCUGAAAAGGCACACCCUCUUAUCUCAGAGUUUCAGCCAAAGGAUGAAGACUCUGCCACUUGCAGAGAAGAAGAUACAACUUCACUGGAAAAAGCUGCUUCUGGAUUGAGUAGGCCACCUGAACAUACUGUACCAGCACAAGACCACAGACACAAACCUGCCCAUGCUUAUGAAGACUCCGAUCAUGAGUACUUUGACUGCAAGCAGGCCCUUUCAGAUUACUCAGAGGCUGAAACUGAAGAACCAAAAGGUGCGACAGACACACCUUUCGACAGUGAGGCGCCAUUGUCCAUUCAACAGUUUAGCCUUGAGUACCAGGAAGGAAUCCAGGGAUACAGUAUGUAUACUUCAAUACCCAGUAAGGAUGAAGGGCGCCCCCUCUCUACAGGGAGUGAGGGGUAUGAGACCUUCCCCAUUGUUUUAGAGCCAGAGGAGGAGGUCUCAGAUGAGCAAGAGAAGGAAGUCACCACAUCGUGCGCCGGUACCAUAUCUAUUGUAGAGUCCUUGGAGGAGCUUCCUUCAAGGGAGGAGGCCAAAUACGAGGAUGAAGAUGAUUAUCUAGGGAGGGAGAUAGCAGAGGAGCUAGGUGUGCUGUCGGAUAGUUCAGAAGAGGAGGUGCUGACCACUAGGGUGGUCCGUCGCAGAGUAAUCAUCCAGGCGGACGAGAUGCCAGAGAUCCCGCCCCAGACAGUGACCGAGGAGCAGUACACAGACGAGCAUGGAAACAUGGUGGUGAAGAAGGUCACCAGGAAGGUCAUCCGUAAGUUCGUGUCGGCGGACGGGGUGGAGCGGGAGGAGGUGAUGGUGGAGGGAGCGCAGCAGGAGACGGUCAGCGUGGAGGAGGGGGACGGCUACUCCAAAGUGGUGAAGAGGACGGUGCUGAGGAGCGGAGGAGAUCAGACAGAGGUGACCUUCUCAGAGGCCCUGCCAGUGACUGGGGCCACGGCCUCGGAGUUUGAGGCGGAGCCCGUGCAGGGACGAAAGGUCAGCAAGGUGAUUAAGACCACAGUGGUGCGGGGCGAGAGGAUGGAGAAGCACUCGGGAGACCCUGCGCUGGCCACCGACCUCCCCUCGGCCAAAGACGACUUCCAACAGGCCUUGAGUUAUGCAGGGGGCUUUGGAAAAAUGGACAUCCCACAUUUAGUAGAGAAGGAGAUUGUGAAGGAGGAUGGAUCAGUGAUCAGAAGGACGCGGAUGCAUAAGACGCGCACGCAGAAGAGGACUGUGGUGAGGGACGGCCAGGGGAAGCAGGUGCACCUGGAGCUGCUGGACGACACCCCCGAGGCGCUGCAGCCCGACGACCUCCAGCAACGCCUGCACCACCUGCUCCACCGCUACUGUGCCGAGGAAGAGGAGGAGCAGGAGGAGGAGGAGGAGAAAAGGGAAUGACGCGCCCUGCUCACUCGCUUCCUCAAACUGCUCCACCUCACCCCACCCCCCUUUGGCCUCACCUUUUUGCACCCCGCCCACCGCCACCACUACCCCAAGUCUGUUUGCCUCGCACUUGCAACCCACCCAAUACACACAUACCCCCCCAACCCUAUAUUCCCAUCUAAAGACACUGGAUUGUUUUUUUUUCCCAUAGGGUAUAAUGGAACACUUUUUUUGCUUUUUAUUUAUUUUUAUUUCUUCAUUUUGUUUUCCUUUGAGUUCCUGUUCUGCUCGUUUUGUGACCAAAGAUUGCUUCCCAUUUUUGUUGUUGAGUGAACUUAAAGUCAUAGAUAUUUUACAGUGUUGUUCCCCCCCCCCCCCCCCC